AUGAGCCCCGUUGCCAACCUCGAUAAAAGCUGGCGGUCCACGGUCCACUCCCCUCGGGGAGGCCGCCGCAUCCGCCCCGCCGGCCUCCCCCCACCUCGGCCCCGGUGCCGUCCAAUCCGGAGCUCCGAGGAAGGCCUGCGGGGCCUGCAGGGCCUGGCGCGCGGGUUCGAGACCGCGUGCCUGUGCUGGCUGGCGCCCUGGCAGCCCGUGGUGCGCCUCUUCCACCCCGACUUCAUCAAGCCCGUGCUCCUGGCCCCAGCUGCCGUCGCCCCCAAGGACACCGUCUUCUACCGGUUCCUGAGGCCCUGGCUGGGGGACGGACUGCUGCUGAGCGCCGGGGACAAGUGGACCCGCCACCGGCGCAUGCUGACGCCCGCCUUCCACUUCAGCAUCCUGAAGCCAUACACCAAGAUCUUCAACCGCAGCGUGGACACCAUGCACGCCAAGUGGCGGCGACUGAUCGCGGAGGGCGUCACGCAGCUGGACAUGUUCGAGCACAUCAGCCUCAUGACCUUGGACAGUCUGCUGAGAUGCGUCUUCGGCUUCCACAGCGACUGCCAGGAGAAGCCCAGCGAGUACAUCGCUGCCAUCGUGGAGCUCAGCGCCCUGGUGGCCAAGAGACACCAGCAACCGCUGCUGCACCUGGACUUCCUGUACCAGCUGACCCCCGACGGGCGCCGCUUCCGGAAGGCCUGCCGCCUGGUGCACGCCUUCACCGACGCCGUCAUCCGGGAACGGCGCCGCUCCCUCCUGGGCCAGGGCCUGGAUGAUGGCCUCCAGGCCAAGGCCAAGGCCAAAACCCUGGACUUCAUCGACGUGCUUCUGCUGGCCAAGGAUGAGGACGGGAAGGCGCUGUCCGACCAGGACAUCCGGGCGGAGGCCGACACCUUCAUGUUUGGGGGCCACGACACCACGGCCAGCGGGCUCUCCUGGGUCCUCUACAACCUGGCCAAGCACCCGCAGCACCAGGAGCGCUGCCGGCAGGAGGUGCGGGAGCUGCUGCGGGACCGCGACCCGCAGGAGGUGGAGUGGGACGACCUGGCCCGGCUGCCCUUCCUCACCAUGUGCCUCAAGGAGAGCCUGCGGCUGCACCCGCCCGUCACCGGCGUCUCCCGUAGAAGACGGACAGACAGCUCUUUUCUUUGGGUCUCCCGGCUCUGGGCAGUCGUGAAAGGCCAGGCACCGAGUGAGGUCCUCUGGGAUCCGGCACCAUCCCUCCGACUGCUCUUCAGGACCCCUGGUCGCCAGGACUAG